GUCAAAUACAAGAUAACAUUACAUUUAAGUUCAAAUCUGCUCUUUGUCCCUUGCUCUUGACUCUAAGCAAGACACACGAAAUCUUACAACAACAGUUGAUGAAACUUUGCCUUGCAUGCGUUUUGUUUUCAACGUGUUGUCACACUCAGGAAUCCAGAGAAAAUGGGUUACAAAGGUCUGUCCAGAUUAGCUGCUCAAACGCACGUGUGUUACACAUAAGCUCUCUCUGUCACAUAUCAUUCAUGUUUGACCCUUGCACCAUUUAACCUGAAACGUGAUUUCUCUGAAGAGUGCCUGUCAAGUGUGUGUGAGUUACACCACCACCACUGCAUGUGACAAGCAAAGAGUGCCAAGCCCUUGCCAUCAGGUUAUGAAAUCAUACCAACCCUGGAGAGCUGCCCUGCAGGAGGAGCAUGAUGGCUUCAAUUUGACCACAACAGUCAUGAUCCAGAUUUGGGUCCAGACCUCAUUUAGUCCGAUCACACAGGAGUCAUUUGAGUGUUGUAGAAACCAGUGAAGAUCAACAUGGACUCUCCAGGAAAGGCUCAGAAGGUAAGAGUAGCUGCAGCAACAGCAGCAACAGCCCCUGAUGGUGGCUACGCCUGGUUCAUCCUGCUCUCCUGCUUCCUGGUCUUUGGCCUGACCUUUGGGAUCAUUAAGGCCUUUGGUGUAUUUUAUGUUGAGAUACACAAAUACUUUGAAACCACAGCAACAGGAACAUCUUGGAUUACCUCUAUUGCGGUGGCUACCAUUCACGUUGUGGCUCCUGUAGCAUCUGCUCUGAGUGUUCGCUACAGUCAUCGCCCUGUAGUGAUAAUGGGAGGACUCUUAUGCAGCAUAGGAGUCGUGUUUGGGACUUUUGCUCGUAACCUGAUUGAACUCUAUUUAACAGUGGGGUUCCUAAAUGGUUUUGGCUAUGCAUUGACAUGGACCCCCACAGUGACCAUGCUGGGCUUGUACUUUGAGCAGAGGCGUCCAAUGGCAAAUGCCUUGGCCAGCGCUGGAGAGUGCAUCCUUACCUUUGUCCUCACACCCCUGUUCCAGCUGUUGAUUGACAGCUACUCCUGGAGAGGUGCUUUGCUAAUCCUAGGGGGUCUGCAGCUUAACCUAUGUGUAUGCGGGAUGCUACUGAGGCCCUUAAAAGCUACCGGAAAUGUGACUUGUGAGAUCAAAGCAGAGGAAGAGGGCUUGUCCCUGGAAUUGUUACCUAAAGAUGGCUCAGAGCACAGCAAACCAAGCUGCCUAGAGGCGGAGGAGCUGAGAAUAUCUGAGGGGUCUGAUCAGGGGACAAUCAAGGCAUGCCUUGAAGACCCUGAAGAGAUACCUAAUUUGACCAUGAAAGUACAAGACUCAAACAACAGGAGGGCUGAACUAAGGACCAAAAUCCAUUGCUAUGUGGAUUAUACCCUCAUCACUAAUGCUCGAUUCAUGGUCUAUUCAAUGUUUGGGGUGUUUGCUGCACUGGGUUUCUUUGCCCCCGCUCUGUUCCUGGUUCCAUAUGCUCAUAGUAAGGGGAUUGAGGAGUACCAGGCAGCUGCACUUAUGUCCAUCUCUGCAGUCUUGGACCUGUUUGGAAGGGUUUUCUUUGGAUGGGUGGCAAACCUGAGACUGAUGGAGACAGUGCAGCAGCUGACAGCUACAGUAAUUCUGCUGGGUAUUGUGUUACUCCUCUGCCCACUGGCCUCCUCCUUCUCAGAGCUGGCUGCUUUCAGCACAGCUUAUGGCCUGGUGUACGGUGCCACAGUCGCCAUCCACAUCACCGUGCUUGCUGAGAUUGUGGGCGCCAACAGGCUCGGAAGCGCACUAGGGUUCUUUAUGCUCAUACGCAGUAGCGGGGGCCUGCUUGGACCGCCCAUUGCUGGAUUCUUCAUAGACAAGAUGAGUGAUUACGGAACAGGCUUCCUAAUGGCAGGAGUGGCUCUCGUCGUCUCUGCUCUGUUCCUGCUUCUCCUCUAUCAGAUGAACCUCAGGGGUCAGAGGUCAACCACCAAGAACCACAAUAUGCAUACGGACAAAAUGGGACAAAGCGUCAGAGCUGAAGCCAAAGAGCUGGACAUGACAUGAAUGAAGGAAAAAUUGUUUUUGUUUCUGAUAGACAACGAGUUUGAAAAGAGAUCUGGAUCGCAAGAUCACAGUCAAAAAAUGGACAAUUAUAGUGAAGACUGAAGCAGUGUUUUUUCUCAUGGAGAAAUAUAAAUACAGUGGAGGUCAGACGUCUAAAAGAAAAAUCAUUUGCAGGAUCAACUGGGCCUUUCAGAGUCAAGUGGAUGGUUUGGAUGUCAGCAUCUCUGUCACACAGACCAGAUAAAUUGCAUAACAGAGGCAGAAUCAAGUGAAUUCACACCUCAAGUGUUUUUACAAACCUAAGGGACUGUACAAAAAUUAUUAGGAUUAUUGGGGUAGAAGGUUUUUUUUUCUUUUGAACGUUACUAAUAUGAUCAGUUCUGCAGGAGUGUUUUCAGUCCAUGGGCGAUUUGAAAACACUUAAUUGUUAACCACACUGCAACCAAGACACUUAAGGCUUUCUUUAUAUAUUUCACUUUGCAUGCUAGCUUACUGGUGUUGUAGCAGUUAAUAGCUCUUAUUUCAAACAUAGAGAGUGGCUGGAAUAUUUGCUAAAUGUGAUACAAAUUGCUAAUUUAAUUUCUAAUGUGCGUAUUGGUUGCGCACAAUAAUAUAUAUAUAUUUUUAAGAUAUUGAAUGUUUAAAUACAGGAAACCUUCCGCAGUAAUUUUCCCUAGUCCCUAAAGUGUUUAUAUUGAACAUUGAACUUACUUUCUGGAAUGUACUAAACUGUAGUAACAUACUGUCACUGCAGAUUCUGUGUAUUUAUGUCACUCAGGUGCAAAAUAUGUCAGGAAUGUGACAAUCAUAGAGCCUUAUGAAUUUUUGUAGAUUUCUAUAAAAAUCACAAGUUCAGAAGUUGAUUAAAAAGAAAAAGCAUGUGUUUCACAUACUGUAUGUUGUCUUAAAGUCACACUUUGUUUUUGAAUGUUUUUGUUCUUUAUUGCAGUGGUGUCAUGUAUGAAUAAAUGCUGGGUUGCAAAGUGAAAAUGUGACUAUGGCUCCCUCCA